AUGGACGUCAUAGCGUGUUCUAAGGCCGAGGCGGAUUCCCAGCUCCAGCAGAUUCGCAAAGGUCUGGGGGUUGAGGGAGACGAACAAACCUCCCCGAUCCGGGUGCUGGCCUCUCUCAACCGGACCUUGAAGGUCAUCUCCGACCAACUCUACCAGACACCAACGCAUUUCCUUCUAGAACUGAUCCAAAAUGCAGACGACAACCACUAUCAACCUUACGUCGUCCCUAGUCUCGUCUUAUCGCUCUACGAGAGCGAUAGCAAGCGGUAUUUUCACACCGACUGCAACGAAGUCGGUUUCACGCUUGGUCAGAUCGACUCACUGACCGACGUGGUCAAGAGCACCAAAAGGGUUGAUAAAAGCUCCGGGCAGAAGGGAUACAUUGGCGAAAAGGGCAUCGGGUUCAAGUCCGUGUUCAAGGUGGCCGAUGUCGUCCACAUCGCGAGCGGCCACUACCAGUUUGAACUGGACCGCAACCAGCCGAUCGGCAUGAUACUUCCCAUCCCCUCUCCGUUUCCCUACCCCCGUGCUGAUCUUGUCUCCUCCGAUAAGCACCACACCCAGUUCCUCUUGGAAGUGAAGCGCAAUGACGACUUUCUGGAGAUCGAACGGCAGCUGAAAAAACUAAACCCAGAGCUUUUGCUCUUCCUGCGUAAAUUAAAGCAAUUACGCCUAUCUUUCCCCGACAAUCGCCGCUUCAUCCUCCUCGUGCGUUCCGUUCACUUAUCGAACCGGGAUUUGGGAGGUGGCGGUGGUGUGGAAAUGAUCACGCUCAAGGCUUCCAUCGGUGGUAUCGGCCCGGGUGGCAAUAUGACACAACACAGAGAGAAGAAAUAUGUCAUCUAUCGACACGAAGUGCGCGAUUUGCCCUCAGACCCCGUGAGGGAGGGAGUUUCUGCAUCCGAAGCCAUACUCGCAUUCCCUUUUCGCUCUCAGACAGAUAACGGUUGCGUGCCGGUCAUCGAAAGCCACAAGACGUUUGCUUUUCUGCCGAUCAAUGAUUUCGGAUUCAAGUUCGCCAUCCACGCCGACUUUCUGCUUGUGGCAAGCCGAGAGGCGCUCGAGGAACGACGUCCAUGGAACCUGGCUCUCCGCGACGGCAUUCGCGACGCCUUCCUGGCAGCAAUGCAAGGCUUUGCAUUCAGCAGUCCAGAGGAUCAGCUAGGAGGGUUCCGUUUCACCUGGCCUAAAUACCUUACACGCACGCCCCAUGGCAGUGAAUUCUGGGAUGAACUCUACGCGGAUAUCAUCAAGCAUCUGAGACAGAGGCCACUUCUUGCAUCACAACAUGGACCACCAAACAAGUUUUGCAACCCCAGCACUCUACGGUAUGUGCCUACUAAAUACCGAUUCCAUGGCCGAACGCUAUUUGAGCCCCUUUCCGACGAGUCCAGUCAUGACCACUUAUCAUUUCAGUACGACGACGUCUGGUCUGAACUCGAGCAGCUCGGCGUGCAACCCCUCAGCCUCGACGAGCUAUGCACCGAAUUUGAGCAGUGGCUCGCACGAGUCGACAGCGUGGUGGCGCUCAAGGCCCGGCCGCUCGCAUGGCACGAACAUGUCAGUCGGCUCUUCUAUGGCUGUAAUCCUUUUUUACAAGCAAGGCUGAAAGCAUUACCCAUCAUCCCAUUGUGUGACGGGGCGUGGAGCAAGGUAGGGCCAGGUCAGAAUAUAUAUCUUGAAUCCCCAUUUCACGACGACGACAGCGUGCCAGGAAACCUAGAUAUGUUCAUCGUGAAUCCUGUCGCGUCCCGAAACAAAGCGAGAAGGGAGUUUUUUGAGUUCCUCGGUAUCAAUCAGUACACACCCCGGCAGGUUGGCGAUCUGAUUCUCAAAUUACACCGUGACCCUAAUAGAGGUAUUAGUCGCACAGCGGAAAACCUCAUCCUCGACGCGGCAUACCUCUUCAAGCACCGAUCGCUGCUCCGCUGGUAUUUCUGCAAAACCCCCAACAUCUUCUUCGCCGUUACCAGAAAUGGCGAACGUGCAAACAGGAAAGUCGGUCCCAUUUACUACGACGAUCCCCGCGUACAACCCAAUCUCAUCAACCGGUACAAAUCAUCCGCUGGAAAUCCGUUCUGGGUCCUGGACGACGGAUACGAGGCCGUAAUCUUCACGGAUAAUGAUCCGUCAACACAGGCUCAAAAACAGCAGGAAUUCCCCAACUGGCUGCUGCAGUCUCCCACCAUCUCACAGGUUCCAGAGCUCGUACGGAAUCACCAGCUGACACCAGAGUGGGAAUUCCUCCGCGAUGCCAAUGUCAUUGACCUUCUCCACGCGCUGAAGUCGCGUUACGGGUCCUCUGCCCCUGAGCAGUUGCAGGUCUGGUGUCGGGAUGGGAGCCAGCGGCGUUUGGGUGACCUGGCCCUGCCGACGGAGGAACUUCUGCGGGAGUGUCCUAACAUCGAUUUUGUCGAUCUCUCCGAGGCUGGCUCCACGAAUUCCUGGGAAUUCUUGUCCCGGUUUGGCGUUCUUUGUACAUGUGAUACUACGGCGAGACUGCGCGAACUGCAGGCUCUGAGCGAGAGGUUUCAGCCGGGGGAUGUUAGUAAAGAGGCUGUUCAUGGAAUUUACCGGUCGUUAAAUUCGGAUGGAGCCUUCUUCAACAACAACCGCGUCGUGCUGAUUCCAGACGGGGAGCAUUCAGGAUGGAUAUGUCACGACCGUUGCGUGUGGAACGCACCGCCACUCCUCCAACAGGUUGUCAGGCUCCGUCCGUACUACCAAGAUUGUGAAAGGUUGUUCACGCAGAUCCUAGAGGUAAGACCGGCCAGUCUCGGUGAAGUGGUACACGAAUUCUGCUCCUCAGAGUCCAACAGGGGAAAUGAAAAGUCCGCAGUCCAACGUUUUGAGAAGUUGCUUCUCUUGUUGGCGGAUUUUGAGUCCAAAGGCCCCCCGUGGCUAUGUAAGGAGGAGUUGAUGAGGAUCCGGGCUGCUCCCGUCUUCCCUGUUAUUUGGCACCAGCAGAAAGUAGACGACGCGCCGCAAGAUAAUCCCGCCGCUAUUAUGUGGCGUUCGAUGGACGAAGGCGGCUGGAACAUUCCUGAUGACAUCUUUCUCGAGAGCUUGUUUCGGGGCAUGGUGUAUAUGCUCGGCAUGCCGGUCAGGUCCAUCAUCAAGUCCGCAGACCGCCUGAAGGAAUUGUUCGUGGCGCUCGGUUGCACGGAGAUGCUUCUUUCGGUUUCCGUGGAACAAACGGUUGAGCUGGAUGGGGAUAAGGUGCGAGCGCUAUCCGUGGAGAGGGAGCUCAAGAUCCGGGUUCAGCAUCUUUCCCACCCUCAUGCGCUCAUCCAGGUUUGGCGUGUCCCGUCCAUCGCGAUCACCCGACGCUUGGGCGACGUUGAAAUCACGGCGGAUGAUGGACUCUUAAAAUCCACGUUCUCUCUCUCAAAGUUCCUGAAGCUUGAGCUUACCGACUCCCAGGUUUACCAUUGGUUUGAACACCGCAUCAGCGACUGGACCUUUGCCAAUUGGACCAGCAAGCUGCGCUCCGAGGCCGGGUAUCCCGAGUUUAUGCAAAGUGAGAAAGACUUUAGCGACUUCACCUACCGUGACACCUUGGGGUACAUGAAGACGGAACUCGGCCAACUGGGAAUAGAAACCGAGGCGGGGUGGUCCCGGAGCACGACAUAUCAUCUUGAAGUGAAGACCACGACAGGGGCUGCCAACGAACCCUUUUUUGCGAGCCAGAUCCAGGUCGAUAUGGUAGGUCUGGAAUAA